AUGGCAGAGAAAAAGAUGUCGACCAGCCGGAGGAAUCAGCUCAAGAGUUUGCUGCUGCAGAUUGCUGAGACGAUGCUGGAGGAGGAGGUGCAGGAGGCUGAGAGAGAGAAGAUGAAGCACCUGGAGGAGAACUGUCCGUCUCUCUCUGUUCCAGGCUGCAUGCAGGAGCUGCAGGAUCUAUGCCGGAAGCUUCACCAGCAGAUUGAUCUGGUGGAUGAAGAGCGAUUCGACAUAGAGAUGAAAGUCAAAAAGUCCAACAAGGAGAUCGACGACCUGAAGUUGACGGUUCAAGAUCUGAAGGGGAAGUUUAAGAAGCCGGCGCUGAAGAAGGUGCGGAUGUCGGCCGACGCCAUGUUGGCCGCUCUGCUGGGCUCCAAACAUAAAGUGUCCAUGGACCUGAGGGCCAAUCUGAAGCAGGUCAAGAAGGAGGUGAAAGAGGAGGAGAAGCAAACAGGCGACUGGAGGAAGAACAUUGAAGACAAGGCUGGGAUGGACGGCAGGAAGAAGAGGUUCGAGACAGAGGCUUAAACCUCGUGGAUGUGAUACUGUCGUCAGGUUCAGCAUCAACAUCAUUCAUGUCUGUGUCUCAUGUGAGUCCACAGUUUAGAUGACAAACGAAAUAAAUCCUUUGGUGUGUUUGUGUGUUUCAUAUUGAUAAUCUGAUAAAUCAUGAAAAAGAAAUGACACAUUUGAGGAUACAAAAAUAAGAGGAAAAUUGUGCAGUUAAAAAAACAAGUUAAUAAAAUUCAUAUUGUUUUCAUGAUUUAAUAAGUAAUGGAAAUAGUAGAAUUAAGUGAUUUUUGGGGCA